AUGGGAGUGGACCAUUCAGAUAGCGAAGAAGCCGGAAGAUCGUCUGAUUUUUGUGUCUUAUGCAAUUCGCGCAUUCUUGAAAAAGAUUUAUACAAGACAAAAUGCGGGCACGGGUUUCAUAGAAAGUGUAUAAGCACACAUUUGAAGAGCAAGAAAACCUGCCCAACCUGUAAAGCUGCUGGUUCUGGAGAACUUACUACAAGAUCAGAUAGUUUUAUCGCACAAAAAACAAGAAGUCAAAAACUUUUAAGUUCACAAGCAGAGGGCGAAAGUCAGGGAUCAGAAGUUAUGGAGAAAGAAAAUCAGAGUCGAGAGCGUGGGGGCGAGGACCUACAAAGUAUGGUGUUAGAUGCAGUAAAAUCUAUGCAACACGAGUUGCUUACGCAAUUAUCAGAAAAAAUGUCAAACAUGAUACAAUCCAAUCUAGCGGCCAGAAUUCCCCAACCGACACAUCAUAGCGCUACCGAUUUAGGGUCCUCACUUGAUCAGCUUCUUGGCAUAGAUGCAAGGCAAUCGAAUGCAGGACAAAAUCUUUCUCAGGCUAACAUUUCACCUAGAUCAACAGCAACAGAACUUUUUCACAGGCCAGAUAAGGUGGCACAUAUAAUGAAUGGAUGGAAACUCCGUUUUAGCGGAGACACAGGCGGCAUAAGCGUAGAUAAUUUUAUAUACAGGGUACAAGCUCUAACCGGCCAAACACUUGAUUCAAAAUUCGAUGUAAUGUGUAGCAACGCAAGUGCAUUGUUUGAGGGUAAGGCAAGUGACUUUUACUGGCGGUAUCAUAAAUCAGUGCAAUCCGUAAAGUGGAGCGAACUGUGUGGCGCACUUCGUCGUCAAUUCAGGGAUACUAGGACAGAUGUAGAUAUUCGAGAAUUGAUUAGAGAUCGAAAACAAAAAGAAAAAGAGAAUUUCGAUUCGUUUUAUGAUGCUAUAGUUCAGUUGACUGAUAGCCUAGAAUGCCCUUUGAAUGAAAAAGCCUUGAUAGAGAUUCUAAGGCGCAAUCUGAGAGCAGAAAUAAGACACGAAAUCUUAAAUAUUCCUACGGAAACAAUCUCAAAACUUCGCGAAAUAUGUAGAAGACGAGAAUGUUUCCUUGAUGAGGUAAAGCGGAAUCAAGUAUAUAAAAAGGAUUCUCUGUUUAAAAGCCAUGUCUCAGAACUGCUAGAGGACCAGCAUAAAGUUUGUGAAUCAGAGUUAUUCGAAGACGAUGAUGGUGCAGUUGAAGCAAUAUCUUUAAUUUGCUGGAACUGUAGAAAGGAAGGUCACAGGUACCAAGACUGCACUGCUCCUCGAAAAGUGUUUUGCUAUGGAUGUGGCGCACGCAACACGUACAAGCCAUCGUGCCAAAGAUGCCAAAAAAACCUUCAGCAGAACACCCAAGUCACUCGUUCUCGGUGUGUUCAGAAGACACAGUCAACAAACACCGAAAACGAGCACUUAUAAGUCCCAUUAGGAACUGUCCUGAAAAGGACUCUCUUACUCCUGAUGAUGUUCCUUUAGGUGGAUGGCAUCAGAGAGUUAGUAAUCUUAAAAUUAGUAGCAACAAAUCUUCUUUUCUUAAUAACUCUAGAAUUAAAAAUAAAUCACGAAAUACAAAUAGACUUAAAAGGUUCUGGAAAGUCACUAAAGACUUAAGUGCGCUUCGCAAUACUUGUGUCGACCAGCGUCCAUACACCGUGGUCAAAAUCCUUGAUCGCAAAAUUAAAGGGCUUAUGGAUACCGGAGCCGCUAUGAGUUGUAUCGGCGGUCCUGCAUUUGUGAAGGCACGUGUGCGUCAGAAGCUAGGAAAUUCAUACUACGACAUUGAGGACCUUCAAGGUAAACUCGUUGGACGCUACCAUGCAAAAGAUCUGCGCCAAUAGUCUUGGCGGGAUCAGCCUUGUUGGGUUUACCCCCAAGUCUGAUUUUAGCGGGGGGGUGUUGUAGUGGAGUAUAGAACCACAUAUCGUAUGUUUAGUUGCGCCACCUAGCGGGCGGUAUCGGCUGUAAAGGGCAACCUUAAGAGGGGAAGAUUAAUCGUCAAUAGGUAGGACUGCAUUAGCGUUAACGUUUUAGCGAUAGCCCAGCUCUAAUCCCGGUUGUAACCCAUCUUGUAAUAUCCGCCCUCGAAAACCUCAUGAUUUCUUCUUAAUCUGAGUCUCGACCUGAGCGGUUGUAUAGCUGGCAAAAGAACAGCGACAAUACAACUUAAAGUAAAGAGGUUGUGGCCGAUCAAGACUUUCGCAGCUCACCACUGCACAAAUUUUUGCACGGCAUACGGUAUUACAGUGGCAGUGAACCAAUUCUUGGCCAGAUUCUGGCCAAAACGGUUAGUUACCACACCCUCACGGGGGACGGCGUUCUUACAUGCCCUUUCGUCGCCGAGUACCUCCGGCGAUCAUCUCGUCAGUCAUUUCUGCCCCAAAAAGGAAGUUCAGUUCGUCCACGUCUUCGGCUAAACCCCGGAGCAGCGAGGAGAAGGAAACGUCAUCAGGAACUCAACGUAACCAGCGCCAGCAGCAUGCCGCAAUAAGUUUUCAGUGCAUUUUUUUUUGGUAUCAUACGUCUGUCGACUUAAUUAAAUUGCAUACCAACAAGUGUUUAUAAACCCGUCUGUGCUCUCAUAAUCUGCAGCUAUGGUCUACAGUUAUUAAAUCCCAGUAUUUCCCAUAGUGAAGUGUCUAAAACUAAGUCAGAAUAGUGCCCAAAGGUAGUCGCAAAGCAAAAUGCGUAUAUAAAUGUAAACGCAAACUAAAUGCACAUAUAAAAGUAAACAAAGAAAUGUAUGUACACAAGUGAUCGCAAAGCUGAGCACAUAUAAAAGUAAACGCAAACCUUAAUGUAAACACAAAAGCAAAAGCAAACCCAGAUUUUUACACAGAUAAAAUGAAGUAAAUUUGAAGUUGCCAAAUAAAAACAUAUAACCGGUUGAAGACAUAAAAAUCGUAUAAGAUAAGGCUAAGUUCUACUAAUUAAAAUCAAUGAAAAAAUAUAAAUAAGUUAAAAUGUUAAAAGAAAUGUGAAUAGAAAAAGAGCAGUAGGUGUGCAUAAGAAGAGAACAAGAAGUUCGAAAGCUUUUAUCGUUAGUUAUAAAUAGACUAAAAAGGUGCGAAUAUAGGUGGAGAGUAGGAACAUGUAAAAUUCUAGAGAUGUGUAUGUAAGUUUCGGACCAGUUAAAGAUGUGCAGACGUAUGAGCCGAUAAGGUUGUAAUUGCCGAAUUUCUUUGGCUUGCAUAUUGUUUACAAAUUUUCAGCAACACCACCAACAUAUGGAAGCGCUUUCAUCAGUGGGAUUUCUCAGGUGAGCCAAGUUUGACAAUUUAAUACCCUUCGGCAAAUUUAACGGUCUUGAGAGUUAUCCGAAAUUUUAUUACGCAAUUAAUUGAUCAAGUAAAAAUACUAAAUAAAUUGUCUGAAUGAUAACGAUAAUAUUUCUUAUUAA